AACCCACCCUAAUUUCACAAACAAGCUGGCCAUGCAUAGCGUCUCAAAUGAACAAAAUCAGGCCCAACUUGUUUAAUUGAGCCCAGGCCUCUUCGGGUCCAUAGAAGAAACCAUUUUACUUACAGUUACAGUACUAUUUUUUAGUCUAACCGACGACGAAUGUCAACGCAGCCGCCGCACAUUUUACUACCGUGCUCCGUAUAUGUCGGCGCGUUUUUUUACUUAAAAACCUCUCCCCGCCCUUUCAUUUCCGUUGUCACAAAAGGUAAAUGCUAUGAUCAUGGAAAACCUAGCCGUCACACUCCGUCAGCCGUCGUCGACUCCCGUUUUCUCUGCAACUCUUUCCGGUGGCUUUAACCGGAGGUUCUCCAGCUUGAGUUCAAGGUCUCUCUCUUUUCCCAAGUCAAGCUCACGUCAACAACCUUCACUCAAAUGCUUUGCUUCAGCAUCUCCCUCGUUAGUCAACCCGUUAGAAAAAUUUCGAGAAGCUUCCAAGAAGGGAAAUUUAGUUCCACUUUAUCGAUGCAUAUUCUCAGACCAUCUAACUCCAGUGUUAGCAUAUCGUUGUUUGGUGAGGGAAGAUGAUAGGGAUGCUCCAAGCUUUCUGUAUGAGUCUGUUGAGCCUGGUUCAGCGGGCUCCAACACUGGAAGAUACAGUUUAAUUGGAGCUCAGCCAGCCAUAGAGAUUGUGGCAAAAGAGAACAUGGUCACUAUUAUGGACCAUGUGGAGGGGCAUAGGAAAGAGGAGGUUGUGGAGGACCCCAUGGUAGUUCCUCGCAGAAUCACGGAAGGAUGGAACCCUCAACUCAUUGAUGAACUUCCAGAGGCCUUUUGUGGUGGCUGGGUUGGUUAUUUCUCAUAUGAUACAGUGCGUUAUGUAGAGAAGAAGAAGCUGCCUUUCUCUAAUGCUCCCAUGGAUGACAGAAACCUUCCUGAUGUUCAUUUAGGCCUGUACGAUGACGUGAUUGUAUUUGAUCACGUGGAAAAGAAAGUGUAUGUGAUUCAUUGGGUGCGUUUAGAUCGAUAUUCUUCUGUUGAUGAGGCCUUUAAUGAUGGCAUGAAACGGUUGGAAACUUUACUAUCUAGAGUACAUGAUAUAGAUCCCCCAAAGCUGCCGGCCGGUUCAGUAAAGUUACCCACUCAUCUUUUUGGCCCUGAAUUGGAAAACUCAAGCAUGACUAGUGAGGAAUACAAGGAGGCUGUUUUGCAGGCCAAAGAGCAUAUCUUAGCUGGUGAUAUUUUCCAGAUUGUAUUAAGUCAACGUUUUGAGCGGAGAACAUUUGCCGAUCCAUUUGAAAUUUACAGAGCCCUUAGGAUUGUCAAUCCCAGUCCAUAUAUGACUUAUUUACAGGCCAGAGGAUGUAUACUUGUUGCUUCAAGUCCAGAAAUUCUUACACGUGUAAAAAAGAGGAAAAUUAUUAACCGGCCCCUUGCUGGGACUGUUAGAAGAGGGAAGACACCAAAAGAAGAUUUGUUGUUGGAAAAGGAGCUUUUGGCUGAUGAAAAACAAUGUGCAGAGCACAUUAUGCUAGUUGACUUGGGAAGAAAUGAUGUUGGCAAGGUCUCCAAACCUGGAUCUGUGAAGGUUGAAAAGCUGAUGAAUAUUGAACGAUAUUCACAUGUUAUGCAUAUCAGUUCAACAGUCACUGGAGAGUUACUUGACCAUUUAACAAGCUGGGAUGCCUUGCGUGCAGCAUUGCCUGUUGGAACCGUCAGUGGGGCACCAAAGGUGAAAGCCAUGGAGUUGAUUGACCAGCUGGAAGUCACAAGGAGGGGGCCAUAUAGUGGUGGAUUUGGUGGCAUUUCAUUCUCCGGGUUCAUGGACAUUGCACUUGGUCUGAGAACCAUUAUUUUCCCAACAAGCACCCGUUAUAAUACUAUGUACUCGUACAAGGAUGUUAACAGGCGCAGAGAAUGGGUUGCUCACCUCCAAGCAGGGGCAGGAAUUGUUGCUGACAGCAAUCCCGAUGAUGAGCAGCGAGAGUGCAAGAAUAAGGUUGCUGCUCUGGCCCGUGCCAUUGAUCUUGCAGAGUCUUCAUUUGUUGGAAAUUGAUGAAAAACUAGUGCCAGUCCCUUUUUCAUCCGUACACUUACCGCCGAAUGAAGCAACGAGUCAGGCACACGAGGUGUGAUAUGAUGGUAGUUUCCUUGAAGGGGAAAGUAUAAUGCCUUUUUCAUAAAAUCAAAAUCUACUGCUUCCUAGAAUCAUUUCCUCCAUCUCAAAAAAUACCCAAAGUUCUCCUUUGGAGUCUAAAUUUGAGCUCCAUUGUAUGCAGAUUGCAGAAUGUACACUUCUAUCUUGAUCUUUAUACACUGUUAUGGAUAAUUUGUGUACCCUCGGAACUUCUUAAAGCUAUAAAAUAUGCCAUGUGCU